AGUUAAAGAUUUAAUUGAAAAUAUGACGAAAAAAAUUCUUAUAUUUACUUCUUUUAUUUUUAUAACUUCGGCAUGUCUAAUUACUAAUUGUCCUCGUGGCGGGAAAAGAGGUGACAUUGAAGUUCCAGAAAGUAUUAGAGAAUGCCUUCCCUGUGGACCCAAUCAAUUAGGUCAGUGUUUUGGGCCUAAAAUUUGUUGUGGGCCUACUUUUGGAUGUCACAUUGGCACGUCACAAACACAAAAAUGCAGAAAAGAACAGUUUGAUACGAGUCCUUGCCUCGCAGGUUUUUCUAUGUGCAAUGGAAAUAAAGGAAGAUGUGGUGCAGCUGGGAUUUGUUGUUCUCAAAAUUCGUGUUUCAUAGAUCCGAGCUGUCGAUUUCCUACUUUUGACGAUUGGCCAGGCCGUCAAAAAAUUGAUUCUGAUUUAAAGACAAUUGCUAGUGAAAUCCUCAAAGAAGAAGCGAUGUAACAAUCAUAUUUUAUUUUCUGUCCUAUAAAUUGAAAUUAUUUAGAAUAAUGUUAUGAAAAAGAAAGUAACUUAAUAAAGAUGUAUCAUAUAUGAAAUAG